AUGCCGCAAGCACCAAGAGUCUCUAAAGCCGAGUGGGAGGCUCACAGAGCUCUCAUAACGGACCUUUACAUCAACCAAAACAGAACGUUGGACGAAGUCAUAGAAUAUAUGGCGGCGCUCGGGUUUUGUCCCUCGAGACCUCAAUGGAUAAGAAAAAUAAAUGUCAACUGGAAAUUGCGGAAGAACAGCACCAAAGAGGAAUGGCAGCACGCGAGCUCUCUUUUAUCUAAGCGCAAAGAGAAUGGCAAGGACACUGACUUGAUUAUGAAUGGAAAGAUCGUGUCAAGCAAGAAGAGAAUGAAGGAAUUGAAAAGAUACUCAACAUUGCAGACAGACCAAAUUUUGAAUCGUGGCAACGCAAGGAAACUUCAGACCUCCAGAACGUCUCAUGCCUCGUUACAACAGCAUGAUCCGAAACUGCUACUAAAUGAAGACAAUGCUUGCAGCUCCAUCUUAAACUACGUACCAAAGAGCGUAUCCGUCCCAGACGUGGUUUCCAGAACCAUAGAGACCGUCGAUGAGAUGUUCCCGAUGCUGAGUGACCACCAUGCCAAGGAAAAGUCACAGUGGCCGAUCUGGAUCCAAGUGUUCCAAGCCUUGUUACUAAUAUCAACAAACAAUAUUUGGCAUAAAAUUGAGACAAGCUUUACUUUCUUGGACUCCUUUGUGGACCUUGUGCUUCCCAAAGGCUAUCGUGGAGGCCUAGAAACAUUGCUCAUUGAAACAAAGGAGAUACAUGGCGAACUUGCUACGCAUCUGCUUUUCAGUGUCCUCAAGUUCGAUUCGCCCGAAAGUAGUAAAUUAAUGCGCUUCCUACUUCGCAGUGGUGUCAGCCCGAAUAGCACUCAUCCUAAGUCAUCCUUCGGUUCGCGUUGGUGGACUGCUCUUCACGAAGCUGUCUAUCAGAACAGUCAAGAGUCUGUCAAGAUUCUCAUUGAAUUUGGCGCGAAUCCUCAUCCAGACUCAAAUACAACCUCGUAUAGGUCUCAUCUCGAUAUGGCACCAGAGCAUCUACGGGAUUAUUCAAUCAUGCAUCUCCCGAGUGCAGUGGACAACGGCAUUAGAUCUAACGACCACGAUCAUAGCUACGGGGUCCCUCCGCUAUUUUUGGCUUUGCGCAAUGGGUCGCUUCACUGUGCUGCAGUGCUUUUGGAUGCUGGAGCCGACCCGAACUACUGUCAUCCUUUACUAUUUACUGCACUACACUGCGCCAUUGGCAUGGCCAAUCUAGGCAUGGUGAGACUACUCAUCAAGGCUGGGGCUCUUCCGAACAUCCGGCCCUUGGAAAGGUUGACCACUCCCUUACCGAGUGUCGCGAAGUUACAAAAGAAGACUGUUCUCAGUCCGCUUCAAGCUGCAGUCCGGUCCAAGAGCCUGCCAAUCGUUGAGUAUCUGUUAUACUCUGGUGCGAGACCCGAAAUGGCGAGAGACUUAAAGAAGUGUCGGAACUACAAGCCUUAUUACGCUAAUUCAGUCGAAACUGGCCUCCAAAUAGCGGCAUCGGCUGGUGAUCUCGAAAUGAUGUGUCUCCUAUUAACAUCAGACGCGAAUCCCAACUUCCGUCACCGCGAUACCCCCACCGCGCUACAAAUUGUGUGCGGUUCACCGUCAAUGUCUCCUCUAGAGAGGUACAAUGCCACCUUGAUGCUUCUCCAACACGGAGCAGAUAUCAACGCUUCACCUGUACCUAGAGGAGGUAGAACGGCAUUGCAGGCUGCAGUCGAGGCGGAUGACUACCGUGUGGCUGAGGUUUUGCUCCACGAAGGGGCAGACCCCAACGCGCCGGCGAUGGAAGCUGUUAUCAAAUGUGGCUCACAAGCGCUCAAUCGCCUUUUGAUUGAGAAGGUGAACCACGAAGUCGCUCUUGAUUCAAGGGACGAAGAGACAUACCUGACAAGGGACUUGGAACUGGCGGUCUCUGCUGGAAAUAUCGCUCUACUGAAGAGUAUCUUCACACGCGGCGACGACCGAAACUUCUCUGUAUCUGUCGAAGAUGCUGAACGGGCUGUCAAAGCAGCUAUCGUGAAAGGGUCUUUGUCUCUGGUACAGGAGCUCUUGACCAUAUGUCCCCAAAUCGAUAGCUCUUGGGUCCUAAGUGAGACUGUCUGGCAGGAGAAAUCCGAAAUACUGGAGUGGAUUCUGAGUUGGUUGCCAUGCCAAAUGCUAAAUACAACACAGCCAUCUCCUCUAUGGAUAGCUCUUCAUCAGCGAAAUAGCUCCCUGGUGAGGCGCCUCCUGCUGGCUGGCGCCGACCCCAACUAUAGGUCUUGUCACAUUUGUCGACCGAAACUAUCAGGUGCAGCUGACUGCCCUAAGUAUAUGAGUAGGGAACUUGAAUCACCGAUUGAACAGGCCAUCUCCCCCGGCCAUGGCCCCUCGGAAGAAGAUACAGAGACGAUCCAGAUGCUCGUGUCUCACGGUGCCGAUAUCAAUUGCCGUAUGGGACAUAUCUAUUCCUCCGUUAUGUCAGGUGACACCCCGCUGCUGUUCGCAGUGAAGCAAGGGAAAUACAAAAUAGCAGAACUUCUCCUUCACAAAGGGGCCGAACCAAAUGCUGUGGACAUUCAGACGGGUCAAACCUCUAUCAUCUACGCAUCGCGGGCCGCCAACUAUGGUCUAGUCAGACUACUAAUUGAGAACGGCGCUGAUGUCAAGAAUCCGUCCUCCUGGGGUACUCCGAUACAGGCUCUUACAGACCAUAGAAUAUAUGUCGCUCCAGAAGUAAUCAGGAACUUGGCAAGGAUAUGCCGUUUGUUACUCGACUCAGGUGCCGAUGUCAACGCCAAUACAACGAUUGACUGUUCAAUGACGGCUUUGCAAACAGCAAUUGUUCGUGGCAUACAAGAGUUGAUAGAAAUAUUUCUUAGGGAAGGUGCCAAUAUAGACGCACCAGCUUUUAGGAAUGGAGGAAGAACAGCUUUGCAAGCAGCAGCUAGUACUGUAAACUUCAAGCUAGUCAAGCGACUGGUCGAGAUGGGGGCCGACAUCAAUGCUCCACCGGCCAAGGAAGGGGGAGCGACUACCUUACAGUAUGCUGCUAUGUCAGGGCAUGUUAACAUGGCAAUCUUUCUCCUGGAGCAUGGGGCAUCUGUCAAUGCCCAAGGAUCCUUACUAGCGGGAGUUACGGCCCUCCAAGGCGCAUCUGAAUACGGGAGACUAGAUAUGGUUCAUUUGUUAGUGGAGAAUGAUCAGGAUCCCGAUACGAUAGAAGAGCGAUGUCGGGAUGCCGCAAACAUUUCUGAAAAGAAAGGCUUUACACAAACUGCCGAGUUUUUGAGAGGGUACAAACGACCAUGA